AUGCGUCUCCGUGAUGUGUCUCCGCGGAUGGGACCGGCUCUUUGUGUCGCCCUGUCCCCCACAGAGCCCCUCAGUCCCGGGCCUCUCAAGACUCGGCCUCUCAAGACUCGGCCUCUCAAGACUCGGCCUCUCAAGACUCGGCCUCUCAAGACUCGGCCUCUCAAGACUCGGCCUCUCAGACUCGGCCUCUCAGACUCGGCCUCUCAGACUCGGCCUCUCAGACUCGGCCUCUCAGACUCGGCCUCUCAGACUCGGCCUCUCAGACUCGGCCUCUCAGACUCGGCCUCUCAGACUCGGCCUCUCAGACUCGGCCUCUCAGACUCGGCCUCUCAGACUCGGCCUCUCAGACUCGGCCUCUCAGACUCGGCCUCUCAGACUCGGCCUCUCAGACUCGGCCUCUCAGACUCGGCCUCUCAGACUCGGCCUCUCAGACUCGGCCUCUCAGACUCGGCCUCUCAGACUCGGCCUCUCAGACUCGGCCUCUCAGACUCGGCCUCUCAGACUCGGCCUCUCAGACUCGGCCUCUCAGACUCGGCCUCUCAGACUCGGCCUCUCAGACUCGGCCUCUCAGACUCGGCCUCUCAGACUCGGCCUCUCUGCUCUCAGACUCUGCCUCUCAGACCCAGUCUCCCAGAUCCGGUCUUCUAG